UGGCUGACAAAGCUGGCUACCUGAUGGGUCUGAAUUCUGCUGAUUUACUCAAGGCCUUGUGCUAUCCCAGGGUGAAAGUCGGGAAUGAAUAUGUAACUAAAGGACAAAAUGUCCAACAGGUAUAUAAUUCAGUGGGUGCAUUGGCUAAAUCAGUCUAUGAGAAGAUGUUCCUAUGGAUGGUUACUAGAAUCAACCAACAGCUGGAUACGAAGCAACCUAGACAGCAUUUCAUCGGUGUCCUGGACAUUGCUGGCUUUGAAAUUUUUGAUUUCAACAGCCUGGAGCAGCUGUGCAUCAACUUCACCAAUGAGAAACUGCAACAGUUCUUCAACCACCACAUGUUCGUGCUGGAGCAGGAGGAGUACAAGAAGGAAGGAAUUGAAUGGGAGUUCAUUGACUUUGGGAUGGACCUGGCUGCUUGCAUUGAGCUGAUUGAGAAGCCCAUGGGCAUCUUCUCCAUCCUGGAAGAGGAGUGCAUGUUCCCCAAGGCAACUGACACCACUUUCAAGAACAAGCUCUAUGACCAACAUCUGGGCAAGUCCAACAACUUCCAGAAGCCCAAGCCUGUCAAAGGCAAGGCUGAGGCCCACUUUUCACUGAUGCACUACGCUGGCACAGUGGACUACAACAUCUCUGGCUGGCUUGACAAGAACAAGGAUCCCUUGAAUGAAACUGUUGUGGGGCUGUACCAGAAAUCAUCCUUGAAGCUGCUGUCCUUCCUUUUCUCUAACUAUGCUGGUGCAGAAACCAGUGAUAGUGGUGCUGGCAAGAAAGGUGCUAAGAAGAAGGGAGGCUCUUUCCAGACGGUGUCUGCUGUGUUCAGGGAAAAUCUAAACAAGUUGAUGACUAACCUGAGAAGUACCCAUCCUCACUUUGUGCGUUGCCUGAUUCCUAAUGAGACCAAGACACCUGGUGAAAUGGACCAUUACUUGGUGAUGCAUCAGCUGCGGUGCAAUGGGGUUUUAGAAGGCAUCCGGAUUUGCAGGAAGGGGUUUCCAAGCAGGAUCCUUUAUGCAGACUUUAAGCAACGGUACAAGAUUCUUAAUGCCUCAGCCAUUCCAGAAGGCCAAUUUAUUGACAGCAAAAAGGCUUCGGAAAAGCUUCUUUCCUCCAUUGAUGUUGACCACAACCAAUACAGAUUUGGCCACACCAAGGUGUUCUUCAAGGCAGGCCUCCUGGGACUCCUAGAAGAGAUGAGAGAUGAGAAGCUUGUGCACCUCAUCACUCAUACACAAGCUAUGUGCAGAGGGUACCUCAUGAGAGCUGAAUUUAAAAAGAUGAAUGAAAGAAGAGAAUCCAUUUAUAUCAUCCAAUACAAUGUUCGUGCAUUCAUGAACGUCAAGCACUGGCCCUGGAUGAAGAUGUACUUCAAAAUGAAGCCCUUGCUGAAGAGUGCAGAAUCUGAGAAGGAGAUGGCCAACAUGAAGGAGGAGUUUGAGAAAACCAAGGAAGAACUUGCAAAGUCUGAGGCAAAAAGGAAAGAGCUUGAGGAGAAAAUGGUGACCCUGUUGCAAGAGAAAAAUGACUUGCAGCUUCAGGUUCAAUCUGAGAGUGAAAAUCUAGCUGAUGCUGAAGAGAGAUGUGAAGGACUCAUCAAAAGUAAAAUCCAGCUGGAAGCUAAAAUUAAAGAACUAAGUGAAAGACUGGAGGAUGAAGAGGAGACAAAUGCUGAACUGACAGCAAAGAAGAGGAAACUUGAAGAUGAGUGCUCUGAGCUGAAGAAAGAUAUUGAUGAUCUGGAACUAACUCUGGCCAAAGUGGAAAAAGAGAAGCAUGCAACAGAGAAUAAGGUUAAGAAUCUUACUGAAGAGAUGGCAGCUCUGGAUGAAAAUAUUUCUAAACUCACUAAGGAGAAAAAGGCCCUGCAAGAAGCCCACCAGCAGACACUGGAUGACUUGCAAGCUGAGGAAGAGAAAGUCAGCACACUCACCAAAGCCAAGACCAAACUGGAGCAGCAAGUAGAUGAUCUUGAAAGAUCUCUGGAACAAGAGAAGAAACUGCGAAUGGACCUUGAGAGAGCAAAGCGAAAACUGGAGGGAGACCUGAAAAUGUUCCAGGAUUCCAUUGUGGAUCUGGAAAAUGAUAAGCAACAAAUGGAUGACAGGCUAAAAAAAAAGGAUUUUGAAAUUAGCCAGCUGCAAAGUAAAAUUGAAGAUGAGCAGGCUCAAAAUUCUCAGCUGCAAAAGAAAAUUAAGGAGCUUCAGGCUCGAAUAGAGGAACUGGAGGAGGAAAUUGAGGCUGAACGUGCAAUCCGUGCAAAGACGGAAAAGCAGCGAGCUGACCUCUCCAGGGAGCUAGAGGAGAUCAGCGAGCGCCUGGAAGAAGCAGGAGGGGCUACUGCAGCUCAGAUCGAUAUGAACAAGAAGCGUGAGGCAGAAUUUCAGAAGAUGCGCCGUGACCUCGAAGAGGCCACGCUGCAGCACGAAGCCACGGCUGCUGCCCUGCGGAAGAAGCAUGCGGACAGCACAGCUGAGCUUGGGGAACAGAUUGACAACCUGCAACGAGUGAAGCAGAAGCUGGAGAAGGAGAAGAGUGAGCUGAAGAUGGAGAUUGAUGACUUGGCCAGUAACAUGGAGUCUGUCUCCAAAGCCAAGAGCAAUCUGGAAAAGAUGUGCCGAGCUCUAGAAGACCAGUUCAGUGAAGUCAGAAUCAAAGAUAAUGAACAUAUGCGACUAAUUAAUGAUCUGAACAUGCAGAAAACACGUCUACAGAUUGAGAAUGGUGAACUUAUUCGGCAACUGGAGGAGAAAGAGUCUUUGAUUUCUCAAUUGACUCGAAGCAAACAUGCUUUCACUCAGCAGACUGAAGAGCUGAAGAGGCAACUAGAGGAAGAAAAUAAGGCCAAGAAUGCCCUGGCCCACGCCUUGCAGUCUGCUCGCCAUGACUGUGACUUGCUCCGGGAACAAUAUGAGGAGGAGCAGGAAGCGAAGGGGGAGCUGCAGCGUGCCCUGUCCAAGGCCAACAGCGAAGUGGCCCAGUGGAGAACCAAAUACGAGACAGACGCUAUUCAGCGCACGGAGGAGCUGGAGGAGGCCAAAAAGAAGCUUGCUCAGCGCCUGCAGGACUCAGAGGAGCAGAUUGAAGCUGUCAACUCAAAGUGUGCUUCAUUGGAGAAGACAAAGCAGAGGCUGCAGGGAGAAGUGGAGGACCUCAUGAUUGAUGUGGAGAGAUCGAAUGCAGCCUGCGCAGCAUUUGAUAAAAAGCAGAAGAAUUUUGACAAGGUCCUGGCUGAAUGGAAGCAGAAGUACCAGGAGAGUCAGGCUGAGCUGGAAGCUGCCCAGAAGGAGUCUCGCUCUCUUAGCACCGAGAUCUUCCGGAUGAAGAAUGCCUACGAAGAAAUGCUUGACCAGGCUGAGACGGUCAGACGAGAGAACAAGAACCUCCAGCAGGAAAUUGCUGAUCUUACUGAACAGAUUGCAGAAUCUGGAAAAGCUAAUCAUGGUCUGGAGAAAGCAAAGAAGCAAAUUGAGCAAGAAAAAUGUGACCUUCAAGCAGCAUUAGAAGAAGCAGAGGCAAGUGUCAUCAAUAAAGAGGCUUGGUUUUAG